AUGGUCACCCUCACAAGAAUCGAAGACGAAAGCCAGCAAAAGCCAGAGCAAAAGGUCUUUGGCGCCGCCGAAGAAGAUACCGGCUCCGAGUCUGAAAUCGACUCUGAAGACGAAUUCGACGAAAACGAAACCUUCUUGCAGAGAUUCGAGGCUCUCAAAGACAUGAUUCUGCCAGAGCAAAGACAAUACAUUGUCUCCACCUACAACUCUGUCUACUCUUCUGCCGCCACUCUUGCCAACAAGCUUGGUAACGGACUGUGGAUUGCCACCUCUUCUGCCUUGAUCCUUGGUGUUCCUUUGGCCCUGGGUAUCUUUGGAGAGACUCAAUUGCACGAGAUGGAGAAGGAGAUGCAGCUGCAACAAGGAAGCAACGACUUGCUUGCUGCAGGAACUGGUGACGCCACCAACAAGGCUCAAUAA